AUGUCAGCAGAUAUUAACAGAGACAAACGCACAAGGAACCAAUCAGAGACCAGGAACCAAACAGAGAUCAGGAUGCAGGGACAAGGAACCAGAGACCAGGAACCAGAGACCAAGAACCAAAGACCAGGAAUCAAAGACCAGGAACCAGAGACCAAGAACCAAAGACCAGGAACCAAAGACCGGGAACCAAAGACCAGGAAUCAAAGACCAGGAACCAGAGACCAGGAACCAAAGACCUGGAACCAAAGACCGGGAACCAAAGACCAGCAAAAAAAGAUCUUAGACUCUGAGACCAGAGACUAUUCUUCUCGUCUCCAUUCUUUUCCUCCACUCUCUCUCUCAAAGGACAAAAUGGACGAAAUCCAGAUGAGACAUCAGAGUCAAAUAUUGAACUGA